CAGUGGUGUAUGUGAUAUCUCCUCCUGAUAUUUUCUCUCCCGUUUCCCACCACACUGUCCGUAGAAUUGACCGGGUACGAGUGGACACAACUGGAGAGUGAGGACCGCCGGGGACUUCCUAAGUAGAUUUCUCCGACAAGAGACAGGAGAGGACAGACGAGGACAGACGAGGACAGACAAAAAGAUGUUCUCAAUCGUCUCCGCGAGACAGUCAGGGUCAGCCAAGGAGGAGCUGAGCAGGGAAGGAAGUGGAAACCUCAAGGGUAAAAAAGCGGACCCCGCGGUGGAGGUGGUGGAACAGGCAAGGAUGGAAAACGAGAGCAGAGCAGAAGAGAAGAGAAGAGGAAACGAAAGUAGAAGGUGUAUAGAGAGAAAUCGAGAUCCAAAAAAGACCAAGGAGAGAGACGGUGAGUGAGGGGGAAGUGGGAAGAGGAGCAGGACUCCUGACAGAGUCAGUCGAGUCUACCGACGGUAGGGAAAGAGUAAGAGUAAUAGUCGUUGUUAGUCGCAGCGAACGACUCGAUCAGUGCAGUGAGUGGCUCCGCCUGGAGGGAGUGAUUUAUGGAGACACUCUUUGUUUCGAAAUAGAAUAAUAAUAACGACUAAAUAUUUAGUAGAUUUAUUUAAUAAAGGAGUGUAAGAAGUGCUGGAAUUAUUUUAUUAAUUAUUGGAAUACCCGUCCUUACUCCACCA